AGGACGAAUUAUCGAGUAUAAAAACAGCCCGCUGUUACGAAUUUUAAUCAGAAGCGCACGAAAAUUUGUACAAUUAGUCAAACAGUGAUCGAAGGUUUCGCUCCAACAUGUCUCGCACCGCUGUUAUGUUUCUCCUCGUCGUCGUUGCUUAUAUUUGUAUAAGUAGCGUCAGCUCUGCCUGUGGUCCGAACGAAGAAUUCAAGAUGUGUGGACCUUCUCCUUCUUGCGAACCUACGUGUGCUAGGCCUCACGUAGAUUGUCCUGAGGAGUGCGUUCGUGGCUGCCACUGUGUUAAAGGACAUGUGAGAAACGCAGCUAAACACUGUGUCCCAGUUAGCCAAUGUAAAGGACAUUGAUUGGACUGGAUCAACGGGUAAUUAGUUCUUAAAAAAUGCUAGUUUUUAAAUGAAAUAAUAAAGUAUAUCAGAUGUAUGCGUA